AUGGCGAAUGUAGCGAGCCCUUUGACUUAUCUAAAUAAGAGAGAAUAUGGAUUAUUACCUGAUUUUAAAUCGGACUUAUUUAAAACGCGGUUAAAUGUGGCAAAAAAUUUGUAUCGUCGUGAUUUAGUGUGCCAUUUUGGAUGUGUAAAUGCCAUUGAGUUUUCUAGUAAUGGCGAAUUACUUGUAUCAGGUGGAGAUGACCGCAGGGUGAUGUUGUGGCAGUUUGGGCAAGCCAUAUUAGACCAUGGUAAGCCCGAAACUAUGAAGUCUGUACACCAGUCCAACAUUUUCUGCCUUGGUAUAACUAGUGACAACCAGAGGAUUUAUUCGGGAGGAAAUGAUGAUAUUGUGAUAGUUCACGACUUGGAGAGCAAGUGUCCACUUGAAGUGCUGCAGCACCAGCGGGCCGUGUGCAGUCUAAGCAUCGACCCGUUCAACGAGCGCGUCAUCACUACCGCAGGAAAUGAUGGCCGUUUGCUAUUGUUCGACACCAGACAAUCUGUCCACGAGUCUUUAGUGAUAUCACGCAGCAGAAAACCAUUUCACGGCGUCAUGUUCCACCCAACACAAGUGGAUGUACUGGUCUCUGCUAAUGCUCGUGACGGAGUUGCUCUUUGGGAUUUACGGAACCCUAAAGUGCCAGCCUUGCGCUACACCGCCUACAGCGGCACAUCCCAGAACAGUAUGAGCGUUCGCUUCAAUUCAACCGGUACCCAAGUUCUGGCUUUGCGCCGUCGCCUCGCCCCCAUUCUAUACACGAUCCAUUCUCCAGACCCAGUGGUUGAGUUCUACCACCAAGAUUACUACAACUCCUGCACCAUGAAGAGCUGUUCUUUCGCUGGCGAAGGCGACGAGUUUGUAUUAUCUGGAUCGGAUGAUUUCAAUUUGUACAUGUGGAAGAUACCAGAACUUGGCGAUGGAAGUGAUGUAAUAAUGGAGUCUCCCCAUAUGGUCUUAUACGGGCAUCGAUCCAUCGUGAAUCAAGUGCGCUAUAACCCACAUUAUUGUCUUAUUGCUUCUUCAGGCGUCGAGAAAAUAAUAAAGGUAUGUCUUUAA